AUGCUUGAAUUAAAAUGUGGUACUGGUAUAUAUAGAGAAGAAAUUAGAGAUUUUACAUCAGAAUCAUCGAAGAGAAGUUCAGCAAUACUAUGUAUUGCGGUACAAUCGGCAGUAUUAGAAGUAGAUGUUGAAGAUCUAGGAGACUACGAAAAGCAUCUUCUCGGUCUUAAAGAUGUGCCCGUCUUCGAAUUAGAACAAUCCAACGUAGAGGAACUUGAAGAUUAUCGACGACCACCUUCUGAUGGACGUCGACCACCACGACCACCUCCUGGCGAGCGCCCACGACCACCUCCUGGCGAGCGCCCACGACCACCCCCUGGUGAACGCCCAAGACCUCCACCACCAGAUAAACGUCCACCACGACCACCUCCCGGCGAACGUCCACCUCGUCCACCUCCAUCUGACAAGCGUCCACCAAAUGGCGGUCGUCCAGAAGAGAUUAGUGAUAAUCACAUUAAUUCAUUUUUUAGGAACCUGUUGAUCUCGAAAACGUAUAUAAUGAAUUGGAAUCAGAACAAUUCGAAUCGGAACAAUUUGAGUUAA